UUGCAAAAACAUCUUAUUAUUUUUAAACCAAAGCUUUGUAUCAAUAUGAAUAAUCAGACAUACGAUCUUACAAGCCCGAAUAAUCAGACAUAUGAUCUUACAAGCCCGAAUAAUCAGAUAUACAAUCUUACAAGCCUGAAUAAUAAUGAACCUACAUUUGAACUGGGUAAUAUAAAUACUUCUGACGAAGAAUCCUCUGAUCAGUUAG